AUGGCGUCUCCUAUUUCGAAUCCAUCGUCUUCAUGGAGUUCUCCACAAACUCCUACCCCUCCCAAACGUAUAAGAAAAAAAACGAGUCUUGUAUGGAAUUAUUUUACCGAGAAAAAUGGAGGUGGAGUAGAAUGUGUGCUAUGUCAGCGUUCAAUGGAUAAUAAUUCAAAUUCAACAACAUCGAUGCUAUUUCAUCUAUCCGUCGCUCAUCUACCU